GAGUUAUUACUCGGUUGUUAAUUCACUGUUAUUUUCAGUGUGUCUGAGAGCACCGUCGUCCCAGUCGCCGGAAGUCUGCAUGAAGCUGCGUCUCCUACAGAGGCAACGGCGUCGACGUUUUUUUUUCUGUCUUUUUUUUUUUUUUUUUUUUUUUUUAUUCGAGACUUUUUUUUCUCUUUUUUUAUUUUCUCUCAGCGAGAUGAGCAGGGAGUGAGGAAUGGAGGCGUAGGGAGCGAGGAUGUUUGUGUUUGCUAAGCGGCAAGCUGCUUAAGCAUAUGAAUAUACAGGCCUCCUUGUAGCUAGAGCAAGCCAGUGAACAAAAGGAGAAAAUUAAUGGAGAAAUAAUGGACGAUUCCCAUUUCAACUCAUCAUACUUUUGGUCUCCCGUCCCCACUGUACAAGGACAGAUCGAGAACGCCAUGUUCCUCAACAAGGCUAAGGAGCAGCUGGGUCCAGAGAAGGCCAACGCGCCCCCCUUCCCUCACUCUUCUGCAUCUUCCACUUCCUCCCCCCACUACCCUACAGCUGUGCUUGCAAUCCCAAGCUCAGUGGAUGCAGGGGGUGGCGUGCGAGUGGUUCCCAAACAGGAAGGAGGUGGGGGCACCGCAGGAGGAGGUGGUGGUGGACACAGCAGUAAUGCACCUUUGAGUGUGGUCGGGGGACACCUGCAUCAGUCGCACACCUCCCAGAACGUCACAGUUGUGCCUGUUCCCUCCACGGGCAUCAUGACUGCAGCGGGCUUAGUGAUCACCACCCCUCAAGGCACGCUGGUCCCCAGCUCCACACAGUCAUUUGUAGCUGGACCCCAUACUGCAACCACCAUGAUAGUGUCUGCGCUGCACCCCUCAAAUACAGAUAAGAAGGAGGAUGUUACCAUUCCUCCAGCAGUAGUCAUGCCAACGCCAUCAAAGCGAGGCAGAAAGAGCAAACAGAUGAUGGGCAGAGUGAGUGGAGUCCUCCCUCCAGGAAGUGAUGCAUUAAUAUUGGCACACCUUGCGGCUGGUGGACAGCACCACACGACUGACCCAUAUGAUCUGUCAAAUGAUGAAGAUGAUCAUACAAGCAAAGAUGGUCCCAAAUCCUACAGAUGUCGAAUGUGUGCGGUGACGUUCUUCAGCAAGUCAGACAUGCAGAUCCACGCCAAGUCCCACACUGAGGCUAAACCUCACAAGUGUCCCCACUGCUCCAAGUCGUUUGCCAACUCCAGCUACCUGUCCCAGCACAUCCGCAUCCACAGCGGGGCCAAGCCCUACACCUGCACCUACUGCCAGAAAACAUUCAGGCAGCUCAGUCACCUACAGCAGCACACACGAAACCACACUGAGGCCAAGCCCCACAAGUGUCCCCACUGCUCCAAGUCGUUUGCCAACUCCAGCUACCUGUCCCAGCACAUCCGCAUCCACACCGGGGCCAAGCCCUACACCUGCUCCUACUGCCAGAAAACAUUCAGGCAGCUCAGUCACCUACAGCAGCACACACGAAUUCACACUGGUGAUCGACCGUAUAAGUGUAACCACCCUGGUUGUGAUAAAGCUUUCACUCAAUUAUCUAACCUACAGUCUCACCGUCGGCAGCACAACAAAGACAAGCCAUACAAGUGCCACAACUGUAACCGUGGUUACACAGAUGCUGCCAGCCUGGAGGUGCACCUGUCCACACAUACUGUCAAACAUGCCAAGCUGUUCUCCUGUGGCCUCUGUAACAGAUCCUACACCUCGGAGACGUAUCUAAUGAAACACAUGAGGAAGCACAACCCUGACCCAUUAACAGUGGCAGCAACAGUAGCCGCUCAGCAGGCGCAGGGCCUUACGCCAGGCGGAGGAGGUGGCAGGGGCCGUGGCCGUGGUCGAGGAAGAGGAGGUGGCAGAGCUAGCCAGCUCCAAAGUCAAUCUAAUCCCAACAACACCAACCAGAACCCUAAUACUGGACCCCCAGGCAGCUACCAGCCAACCCAGCAACCCACAGAAGCUGUGGUUCCAUGUCCAUUUGACCUGCACCAGUACAAGACAGUAGCAGCCAGUGAGAUCCAGUACAAACCAGUCACUGUGGCAGACCUGCCCGUGACCCACAAAGACCUCUGCCUAACUGUGUCUACAUCAGCCAUACAGGUGGAGCACAUGAACUCGUAGGCUGCAUCCUCCCGCUCUGCUUGCGGAGUACUAAUUGUGUCUGCAGUGUAAAAAGAUAUGAACAAGUAAUUUAGCUGUAUUCAUUAUUACAGUCCUCUAAAAAACAAGUAAAUGGCUAAUGGCUAAUAGUUUUUACCAUGCUUAUUAGCCAAAUACAAGUCAUCUGGUUUAGUGACACUCCGCUCAGUUUAAUAGUGAAGAGAAAGUUAAUAUUCACUAAAAAGCCCUGAAUGACAUUUUGAAAGGGACUGGAAGGAUAUUGCAAUACAAUCAAAUAAUAGAAGUCUAAUUGAAUUCACACAGUUCAGAGGCUUUAAUGCUGAGGAUAGCAUUAUGUUACUUGUUAGUAUUCAGAUAUUUUACAUUCCUCUUGCCAUGUACUUCUCAGAUUAUUUUCUGGUUCAGAUUAGAUGGACCUAAAGCUUCUAAAUGCUACUAAAUGUAGUUUAUUUCCCAAUCAGGAUCCAUUUUUCUCUAUUUUACAGAGACAUUUUCAAGAUAAACCUGGACUUUUUAUCUUUACUCACCUAUGGAUUGGUGGACAAAUCAAGACAUAUUAACUUUCUAAAACAUUUAUUACACUUAUCCUUAACCAGCAAUCCUCUGAAGGUUCAUUGGUUGAUGGAAGUAAAAUAUGUGAAAUAAAAAUUACACUACUCUGAACAUUUAUGGUACUUAGAAUAGUGUAAUUUUUUUAGGACAUCCAGACAUUAAACUUAACACUUUCCAAUAUUUAGUUCAAUUUUAAACAAGGGAGUUAGAGAAGAGAAGAAGAAAGACUGUAGUGAUUCAUAAUAGCAACUAAGAUGAUAAACUAAAGAUGGAUAAAGUAGACGUGUUUCAGUGGUGUUUAAAUACCAUGGACAAGCCUGAGUGAAGACUAAAAACGAAGAGAGGCAGCUGAAAGAAGGUGAUGUGGCAACACAGGCAAUAUGGCUAAACUCUGCAGUUUCUAAGGAUUCAUUUCAUAAAUCAUUACUCUCUUAUUUACACUCAUCUCCACCCAGAGGAGCAAAGAGUUUCCUUGUCAGAGCCCAAAGUACUGAUCAAAAGAGGCCGAGUGGUUCAAGAAUGUACUAACUGAGGAAUCCUCAGCAGAGCAAGAUGGAGAUACACGAUCAAGGAAAAAGGACAUGGAGUCGUCGUAAAGAAAGCACUUGAUGAAGCUUAUACUUCACACCUAUGUUUGUCAUCGUUUUGUCUUUUUUUUAUAUAUCAUAUGUUUGUAUUUUUCUACCAACAGAGGAACGUGUGAACAUGCAGAGAGAAAACAAAGCGGUGGUAAUGAAUGCGAUAGGAACCUAGAGAAAAGUCCUAACAGGCGGUCGUGUCCCAUUUAUGUUACUUGUCAAAGAGAAGCAUUUUACUGUCCUCCAGUGAGUGAAGACAGCCCUGCUUAUCAUUGUCAAGGGCGUAGAUGGGAAAUAAUGAUUGUGUGAUAAACACGACUGACAGGUACUGUUAUCAAUCUUUUUUUAAGAACCUUUCAUACAUAUUAUUACUACUUUCAUUAUAACUGUUUUGCAAAUGUUAUCCACAUUAUAUUCAAUCUGAGGCAUUAUUGUAUUGCAGUAUGCUGUACAUAAAAUAGAUAGAGAACACUUUUUCAUCUGUAAAAGGGAAGUAUGUCUUGUGUACAAAACAUAAAAAAACUCUAGGUUAAAAAGUACCGAAUCCCUGGUAGUGUCCCAGGUCACAUUGAACUGCUGCAUGUAAAGUACAGAAAAGUCUGCAAAUAACUAUAAUGAGGCAUACAGCAUUUGUCUUUAAGUACAACCAGACCCACCAUUUGUUUUCUGUGAUUUUGAUUUGAGUCAUUUCACCUAAAAUAAGUGAGCCAAGUUAAGUGUAUAUUAUUUAUUAAAGGUUUAACACCAUUUGGGCUGCUCAGACAUCCACAAGUCAGAUGUCUUGUAGAUUACUGUGACUCUAGGACAUGAAUGAUGUUUUCCCCUGCUCAUAUGGAGGAUGUAACAGGGGAGAGAUUGCCAAAGACUCUCAAUACCAUGGUAACAACGCUACCACUCAAUAUUUAAAUGGUUUGUUUUGAAUUCUGUGUAAAAAAUAAACCACCUUAGUCUGAAAAGCAAUGUACAUCAGUGUUAACCGAUCGUACUCCAAAUAAUCUGAGAAUAACUAAAUAAUUAGGUCACGUAAAGAAGUUGUGACCUGGGACACACAAGCCAUUUCCACCCAAUCCAAAAUCUCAAGCAGCCUUGGCAGCAGGCUGAAAAUCUUCAUGUAUACUCCGCCUUGUAUUUCAUUGUGUCUUUUUAUGAAAAAAUGAUGUACCAAUGCUCCUGAUAACAGUUAAUAACUUCUCUCCUAUGCUACACUCUUGCAUACUGUAUGCACAGUUAAACCUCUUACUCAUCUGAACAGACUGUUUCUUCCCUUAUGGAAAAUAAAGUUCAAAAACUGUUUAUGAUGAUAAAUCUUCCCUGAUUGAUUGGUUUGUGACUGAUUUAUGUUAAUCUCUGGUAGUG